CGUGCAAACAAGCCUAGUUAUGGCCCCUGGCUACAAGACGUUCUGGCCGGGUGAGGAUGGGGGUCACGUGAUGGACGUGCCCCUGUGUGGGUUUGAUGGUGAGCACUGUCCAGCCAAAGACUCGAACCUGCUGACCAUUGUUCUAACGGUGACCUUUGCUGUGUUAAUCUUAGCCUGUGUUGCAAUAUGUUUCAUAUACGUGAGAAUUAGACGCAAACGAAACAACGAUCAAUAUGAUUGGUGGAAAAUUGACCCUAGUGAACUCCAGCCAAUGACAAGAAACCACACAAAGUCGACGUUUUCCUUCGUUCUUCGACAGAGUAAGGCGGAUAUGGCAGAGGCAAGCACGCACGACAAGAACGUCUCUUUAUACAAGGGUAAUGUCGUCAAGGUUGAAGGCCUGGACCAAAAGGGCCUGUAUGUGACAUCACAGCUGCUGAAGGAGCUACAGCAGAUGCGCGCCAUCAACCACCCCAACCUGCUCAGAUUUAUCGGCCUUUGUUUGGAGGCCGAUGAGAAGUUUAUGGUCACAGAACACUGUCCCAAAGGAGCGUUGGCGGUAUUUACAUUUACUGUUGUAUCACUGUAA